AUGGCGGCAGUACAACGUGAUCAUUCCAAUGGAACGACCAAACUUUAUGAUAGAUAUGAUAAAAUACACAAAGCUACUGCUCAUGAUUGGGAGGAAGACAAAAGAAAACAGAAUGAUUUCUGGGAUGAUGGUACACUCUCAUUUUUUUGGAGAGCUCAUACUAUAACAGUGCUAGUCAUAUUUUCCUGUAUAUUAGUUUAUGUUGCUUUGUUUGAAGAACAGGUGCUAGAUGCUGAUUAUAACACCAAAAGAGGUGUAUUUGCCGUAGUUUUAGCUUUUCUACUAUUCGGUGUAACUCAGACUCCAGAUGGUGUAUUUGUUCGACCUCACCCAGCGUUCUGGAGAUUAAUCCUGUGCCUCAGUAUUGUUUACGAACUUGCCUUAGUAUUUCUAUUAUUUCAGACAGUGGACUCUGCUCGUCAUAUAUUAACCCAUUUUGAUAGUAGUUUAGGGCGGCCAUUACCAGAGAAAAGUUAUGGUGGAAACUGUCUAAUUUAUGAUGAAAAUAUGCCAGAUAAUCCAUUCCAUCACUUAAAGGAUAAAUUAGAUGGGUUUGUCCCUACUCAUUUUUUUGGAUGGUGGCUAAAGACGUUAAUAUUACGAGAUUGGUGGCUAUGUACAGUAUUUAGUAUCAUGUUUGAAGUAUUAGAAUACACCCUAGAACAUCAACUACCUAAUUUUAGUGAAUGCUGGUGGGACCAUUGGAUAAUGGAUGCAUUAGUAUGUAAUGGUUUAGGUAUAUAUCUAGGUAUGAAAACAUUACGGUACUUAAAGAUGAAGCCAUAUCAUUGGAGAAGUAUGUGGAAUAUGCCAACAUACAAAGGUAUGUUGAGAAGAGUAGCAGCUCAAUUCACACCCUACAGUUGGACAGAAUUUGAUUGGAGACCUGUUUCUAGUUUAAGUAGAUGGUUGUCUAUGUUAGCAUUGAUAGCUAUAUUUUUACUAGCAGAAUUAAACACAUUUUAUUUAAAAUUUGCAUUGUGGAUUCCACCAGAGCAUUGGUUAUGCCUCAGCAGAUUAGUUUUCUUUUUAUUUAUGGGUGCUGCUGCCAUGAGAGAAACUUUUCAGUUCCUUGAUGAUCCGGAUUGUAAAAAGUUUGGGCGUCAAUCAUGGUUGAUAAUUGCAAUCAUUGUCACAGAAUUUUUAAUCAUAGCUAAAUUUGAUUGGAAGACUAUCAGUAAGCCCCUCCCUAGACCAGUAGCUGCUUUUUGGUUGGUCGGUUUAUGUGGUCUUGUAAUUUAUACUAUAUGGAAGUUUUAUAUUAAACGCGAUGUUAAGAAUGAUAUCCCUGAAAAGAUUAUCAACAAUAAUACUGCUGAUACGCCAGUGAAUAAAAAUACUCAGCAUUCCAAUUCUAAUAAUAGCUCUGUACGAUCUCGACACCGUAAUGGUGUUAAACAUUGA